AAGAGGAUGUCGCACAUACCUUUCAAACCGUUGACAGAGAGAAUGCUCCAUGAACCAUUUUGGCUAGGACUGAUGACAGUAUUUGUGGUGAUGGGAGUGAUUGGAUUAGUUUGGUGUGCGAAACGACAUUUUCCGGAGAAAAUUGAAAAGCUGUUAGCUGAAGAAGACAGCAGGAAUAGAAGUGCGUCAUCUCUGAGAAGUUCUUCGGUUCGAGAACAACUGGCAGCGGCAUCCGGAGCUGCCAUCACCCCAAGUCCAGGACCAGGAACCACACCCCGAUCUCUGUUCGGCCGUUUGGGUAUUCGAAAGCCGUCAAUUCUCAGCCUGACCAGCCCACACGCCAGUGGCUACGAACCCGCCACCUCACGAACCUUCAGUUUGGACGAUUUGUUAAAACCUCCCCCGAGACGUAAGGCCUCCAGUGGCUCAACUCCCCUUGCUCUGCUGUCAUACCAAGUCUAUUCUAUUCUUUUGGCAGGCAAUUCAAGAAUUUUCAUCUGCAGAGUCUAACUUGUGAAUUGAAGGCGUUUAUAUUAGAUACAUUCGAGAUAAUUAGCCCAAAAAAAAGAUACAGGUUUUCGAAAGCAGUCCUUUUGACGGUAACACUCUGUAAUUCACAUCCUGAAAAACUGAACGAAAUCACAGAAUGACAUUGAAAAAUAUGGAUAUUGUGGAUAUCAGAUAUUCCAUUUCGAAACAUUCCUCUCUCCGAAAGUAACUGUAUCGUAGAUUCUGGUAAAUACCUGACGGUAAACAACUACUUUCUCUCAGACGAAGGUUUCAUAGAUGAAGUGGAGCCGCGUUGAAAUUAUUC